AUGGCUUCUUGCAUGCUUUGGUUGUUGGUUGGUGCUGCAGUUCGCAGGCUGAGUCUCUUGUCCACGGUUCCUGCGGGCUCCGUGAAGGCGGAGGACCCAGAGAGCCCAGAGACUGGCGGCCGAGACCGCGGAGUGGACGAGGACGGCCAUCCCGGAGGAGAGGGCCCCGUCCCGGCAGAGACCCCGCAGCUGGUCAUCAGCGGCACCUUCUCGCUGGCUGGCCCGGCCGGCGGUGCGGGGCAGGUGGAGCAGGCCUCGCGGCGGCAGCGAGGCGGGAAGGCGCGGCUCGCGUACAAGUGCGGGGAGUGCGGCAAGAGUUUCCGGGCCGAGGCGGACCUGCGGAAGCACCUGGCGGGGCACUCCAAGGCGGGGCGGCACGCGUGCGGAGUGUGCGGCAAGCAGUGGACUUCGGCUAAGGAUCUGAAGAGGCACGUAAGGAUCCAUACCGGGGAGAGGCCGUACCAGUGUGACGAGUGUGAGAAGAAGUUCAACCGAGAAAGCAUUCUCACUGCGCACAAGAGGAUUCAUACUGGGGAGAAGCCUUUCGAGUGUGACGAGUGUGGGAAGCAGUUUAACCGGGAAAGCAAUCUAACUGUGCACAAGAGGAUGCAUUCUGGGGAGAAGCCUUUCGAGUGUGACGAGUGCAAGAAGAAGUUCUCCCAUAAAAAUGUACUAAAGGCGCACAAGCGCACUCACACUGGAGAGAAGCCGUACGAGUGUGACGUGUGUGCGAUGAAGUUCAGUCAAGGAUCUUCCCUCGCUAAGCACAAGCGGAUCCACACUGGAGAGAAGCCCUACGAGUGCAAGAUGUGCGGGGAGAAGUUCCGACAGCAGUCAACACUACGCAAGCACGAGCAUUAGGGACAGUAGUUUAGUGUUAAGCUGUGCAAGUGCGGCAUUUGUGAAUGUGAAUUUAAGCGUAGGUCACAGUGGCCCGGAGACUUUAAAUUUGAUGUGCGCAGCAAGUAGCCAUAUCCUCAUGCUCGCAAGCGCAGAGUUUCGCGAAUGCAUUGCAAACAGUGUGCAUGAUAAUUUUUUUCUUAGCGAUUUCAUGAUCGUCUUUGACCUGCGGAGUUAAACGUACCGAGUUUACUUAUUGGGAACAAAAUUUUCGUGUCGGACAGAAACAUUUUGUUUUUGACAAUUCUCUUAAAUUGUGAAUUAUAUAAAGUGAUUAAUUAUUG